AAAGAGUGUAGAAAAUUGAAGUCCUGUUAAAUAUAUUCCUCAUUAAUAGUAAUCAAGGUCAGUUCUGAAUUGGGAGAGUUUUGUGUCAACUUCCUUAACAGGGUGUUCUCGCACUAGUGCUAAACUUUAAUCCGAUUGUUUGAAACGUGCAAGAUGGAGAGAGAGAGAGGGUAAUUUUAGUAAUAUGUAUCGAUUCUUUAACAAUCUUGAUCCCAAGUUCGAUGGUGGGUAAUCUAUUAGGACCCGCACACUGUGUAAUUAAAACAGCUCCCUUGAAAGAGACGUCAACUUCUCCACUUUGACAAGAGAGGGGCUAGUAUUGAUCCGCUCCGAGUCGUUCGCGAAAAUUGGACCCGUCUUUUCAAAAUGUUAAAAAAAAAACAUACAGAGAACCAACCAAUAAUGUACAGAAAUGAUCUUUUAAAAAGUGUUUGAAUAUAAAAUGGUGUAUACUUUCUUUGAAAAUUUAACUCAUUCGGAUAAGGUCAAGAACAUGCGUGAAAAUUUCUUUUCGAUCAGCUCAUAUAGAAUGCAUAAAACAGAAGAAAAGGAAUAGGAUCAUCUCUUUACUUGGUAUUGCUUGGUUAUCCAACUAAACAAGUGUGCACAGUAGAUAAAAUAUAUCGAUCUGGAAACAUUUCUAAUGCAUUUAAAGUUUAUAAACACGAACUGAUAUGAUAUGUUUUAUUUGCAAACAGAAGCCCCAUACUAUUUGACAUGACGUAAAAAAUAAGUUUUAAUCUUUAAUAAUGUAUAGGGUUUGGUUCGAGGAGCUUCAUUAAGUUUGCUUCUAUGUGAACAACUCUCAUUAUUUGGAAUAAUGAGAUCACACCGUUUAAAUGGGAUGGAAAAUAUCAGCUUAAUUUAGGAUAAUAUUUCGAUUGGAAUUGUAUAUUGAAAUCAUAUAUAAUUUAAAAGCAGUUGUCUCAAAUUUACACAGUAUGGCAUACCGGUAUAUAUUUAAUUGAUUUUAUGAAUGCAGUUUUUGGUUUUCAUUGAAAGGAACCAAUCCUAAUUCAAAGGAAAGUAUACAAUGAGCAAUUCCGCAAUUCAUUUUCGAUAUUAAUACAUAGAAAAUACCACAAUGAAUUGAUUAGGUUUGUCAUAGGCCCCGUUGGGAUCAUCUUUUCGCACAUGUACCUCAGUAAGAAAACUCGUAGAACGAGUUCCCUUGAACAUAUUUUGAACAAUAGUUAUAGCAGAGAGGGAUGACAAUCCCCACGAGAUGGAAUAUAAGAAACAAUGCAUAUCUUGGAUAUUUCAUGUAUGAUACUGCUGAAGAUUUUAUGUAUGGCACGAGGCAAUUACGACCGACAAAUGCCAAGAAUUGAUAAGGCGCAUUCCCUCUAUGGUAAAAAGACUAGGCUCUACCAUUCUUCUGUGUAUUUCGAUUUUAGAAAUGCCUGCGUGAAGUAAAAUGAGGUACUCAAACGUUAACAUAUUCCUGCAUGGAUGCCGUCAAGUUGUUGCAACAAAAAACAACAACAGAAAAUAAUAACACCUCAAAGUCCCUGGAAUUAUUACCAUUUCAGAAGGAUGGAUUAAAUGGAUAUCCUGUUAUAUUUUCGCCCAAAAAUUGUUCUGACGUUCGGUUGCCCGCGUCCCUCUUCUACCACCGAAACAGCGACCCCCUUCUCCAUGGACAAUCACAGGUCAGACAAGAGGAGGAAUUCGGAAGUUGUUGCCAAAUAGCCCGCGAAAAUAGACGCCAAAGUGACAAAGGUUCCAGUACAAAUGGGCAUUGGGAACAGUCAAAUACUCUAUGUGUUCAACCUGCUAUUGCAAACCUUCACAGAAAGGACAAAAAGCAUAUUUGCAAUGGCGGACCACCUGGUUUUAGGAAAGUAAACGGAAAUCUUCCAAAUGGAAAUCUAGAAACAGAGUUUUCACCAACCUCAAGAAACAAACAUUCAAUCGAUGAUUUACAUGAGCAAGCGACUGAGACUAAUGAAAACGUUUUCGGAUAUCCGACUGAUUGUGGAGACAUCAAAACGGAAACGUUGUCUGGGUCGGAUUUACUUUUACACAACAGCAGCUACCCGGAUGAAACUGAACCGGACGUCGUAAACAUAGAUUUGCGACCACGUAUUGUGUGUAAUGGAACACUUAUAUCUUCAUACCACGAAGAUGAUGGAACAUCAGAGAGACAGCCAUUUUUGUCUCAUCAAAGCGUCAGUGGUUCAGAGUCGAACUGUUCUGUAAAACAAAGCGUGAGUUGGCAAAAAGCGCGGGAAAAUGGGGCAGACGACUUUGUGGACCAAACUGUCAGUUUACCGAGUAGCCUAGAGAGACGUUCGCACGUGAUUCACGAAACUAGUGUGACAGACUCGGAGUCGAGUUUGUCAGUGAAACCCUGCAAUAUUUGGAACAGGGGUCGACCUUUGUCCGGGCUUUCGUCACGAUCCAUUUCACCGCAGCCCGGACCUAGUGGGUAUAAUGGCGCCAAACUUAAAAGAGACAACGGGAAGAAAACAGUGAGGUACAGCGACACGAUUGGAAGCUACCAUACUGUAGCUUCAGGUGGCAGCUCAAACAGCAUUAAUAACUUCCCCACCACUCUGAGCGAAGAACACAUGAGCAGACUGGAUCGAGAAAUCAGAGAACUGGAGAGAGUAGGCAAAAAAGCGGACAGAGGAACUAUUUACUGCGCAUGCGGUGUCUUGGGACUUGUGAUAGGACUGAUUCUAGUCUUUGUUUACCUGCUGUGAUGUAAACAGAUAACUUUUAACUUUGUUACGUUUGAAUGUUGGAGCCUUGGAACGAUUUCAAUAAUUUAAAAGCCGUUGAUUUUCGUUUAAAUUAAAACUUAUUUCAAGUAA